UAAAAAGAAAAGAAAAUCCGGGGGUAACUCUGUGGUCUUUUCCGGACUUCUUCCCCUCUCCCUGUUCUCGGAGCCCUCCUCCCGUUCCAACUCCACCGCAAUCCGCAGGCACCUCAAAAGCCGCCUCCUCCUUUACCCAAUUACCCGAAACACGAACCUCAAGCUCACCCAAUCGCCCGCGAUUCGAAGCCCCAUGGCGGGACCUGAAUGCCCCUCCUCCCCGAUCGACCCGCCCCAGCCCGCCGCCGGCAACGCCGCCGAGGCCACGACUUGCGGUUCUCCUGUCAGGUGGGACGACGACGGCGGCGGCGACGGCAUGACUGCGUUGGCGGGACUCUGCCUAUUUGAGCAAGACACAGCUCCAGGCAAAAGUGGCAUGAUCAGUGACCCUGAUACCCCUAAUGAAUGCAAUACUGAUAUGACUGGAGAUUUUGUUAAGAGGGAACCGGGGCAGUACUUCUAUUACGGUGCACCAGUUCAUGAGCACACGGGCAUCUGGGUGCCUGUUUCAGUUCCGCCAAUGACAGAGCAUGACCAUAAGGAGUGGCACAGGGGCUUUGGUUGUAAUGGUGGGUACUUCCCAGAAGAAGUGUUCAAGUGGGAGCUGGACGAGGAAACUAAGGAGAUGACAAUGUGGGAUGUAUUUUCUGACAUGGUUGUUGCGGCAAAAGAUAAAGUAAUUUCUGUCGCAUCGUGUGAUUUCCAGAGAUGUGGGAUGUCAGUGGUGUCCAACUUUUUUCUGGAAGAUGCUUGGAAGGAUAUGGCACAAACACUUUCUGAUGCCAAUGCUGAUAUUGCAAAUGAGCUCCUUGAGACAGAAUUAACAAAAUGGUUGCCUGACAGUGCAUCUAGUACUUGCAUGCUAUGCGGCAUACAUUUUCAUCCAAUAAUCUGCUCUCGCCACCAUUGCCGUUUUUGUGGUGGCAUAUUUUGUGGUGGUUGUUCAAAGGGUAGAAGCUUGAUGCCUCCAAAAUUUAUGAGUUCAGAACCUCAAAGGGUUUGUGAUGUUUGUGGAGUGCGCCUAGAGAGUAUUCAACCUUACUUAAUGAAUCAGAUCAGUCGUGCUUCACGACUGCCAACUCACGAUGUGACGGACUUGAGUACAUUGAGGUCAUGGCUGAACUUCCCUUGGGCACACACAAUGGAACACGAGAUAUACAAAGCCGCAAAUUCUUUACACAGCUACUGCAAGGCGGGGAGACUUAAAUCCGAGAAGGCAAUCCCUGAUGCAAUUCUUAAACAAGCAAAAGGCCUUGCUAUAAUUACUGUAGUAAAGGUCGGGAUGAUGGUUACAUACAAAGUUGGUACUGGGCUGGUUGUUGCUCGAAGAGUUGAUGGUUCCUGGUCACCUCCUUCAGCAAUCUCGACUUGUGGUAUUGGAUAUGGAGCUCAGGCUGGAGGUGAGUUGGCUGACUUCAUUAUUGUGCUGAGGAACACAGAUGCUAUCAGAACAUUCAGUGGAAAGGCGCAUCUGUCGGUUGGUGCUGGUGUUAGUGCUUCUGCUUGUCAUGUUGGGCGAGUAGCUGAGGCUGAUUUUCGUGCCGGUGACGGUGGUUAUGCUGCAUGUUACACAUACAGUUGUAGCAAAGGUGCUUUUGUUGGAUGCGCGCUCAAUGGUAGCAUAGUAUCAACUCGCGAUACUGAAAAUGCGCGAUUUUAUGGUGGUGCCAUCAAGGCACCUGAUAUCCUUCUGGGAUCCAUGGAUAAGCCGCCUGCAGCCUCGGCACUCUACAAGGCUCUAUCAGAAUUGUUUGAUAAGAUUGAAAAGUAAGCCCCUCUUGCUUAAGGUCUGCAGUGCCCUCCAUGUAAAUAUGUUCCUGUAUGUAAGGUAAUUGGAUUGCGGCACUUCACUUUGUCGGUAGCAAGCAACUGUACAGUCUCCCAUUCAUCAGAUAGCCUCAAAAGGUUUCAUCAUCAUCCGCAUUGGCGCGUCGGCAUCGGAUACCACGAACUACUCUGUAAAUACUUGUACAUGUGGAUUGGAACUCGCCUGCUCAAGAUAUAAAAGAAAAGGAUCCGUUUUUCAUUUUUA